AUGUUCUCUCUGUUAAUGGCUGCCUUGUUCGGAUCCAACUAUUCGCGACAAGUGGAAAGCAACAAUGCUCAAUAUUUCGGAUACGAACAACAAUCAUCUCAUUCCCGUCAUCAGAAUCCUCCACAGCCUCAACCACAGCCACAGCCACAACAAUAUCAUUAUGUUUCUUCUCAGCCACAACCACAAAUCCCGCACAGACCUUCCAUUGUCGUUGCUGCCAAUAAUUAUCACCAAAAUCAUCAUCAGGUGCCAACCACAAUGAAUCCAACUGUAUCUUCCAACACAACGUUGAGUCAUCAUGAUGAUCCUCUACUCAUUCAAAAACAACAUGCGCGAUCACAACAACCUGUACAUUCCAAUAAUAAUAAUAACGGAUUGCAACAAGACACCAUCAUGAUGAUGAUGAAUGAUCCUUCUGCUCCUCCACCUUCUCUUUCAAUGACCUCUCCCAUUAGUAAUAAUGAAAUAGUUCAGCAAGAACAACAACACCAAAUGAUAGCGUCCAAUGAAGAGAGAGAUUCAUAUUCUUCCCAACCACCAUCAAGCUCCGAUGAGCCUCAUCAUCAUGGACAACAUCCGAGCUUGAUCCAUGCUCAACCACUUGCCACUGAUGUACAUGAUUCAUCGGUACAACAGCAUCAACAUUCCUAUCAUGUUGGUCAAAUCAUGAAUCAUCACCAUGCUCAACAAUUUCAGCAACAACAACAACAACCACCCUCUCAACCUCAACAACCACUUCCGACAUUUAAUCCUCAAUCGGCGUCAUCCACCUCCUCUCAAAAUCCUUUCGUUCCACAACACCAUGCAAGACCUUCAUGGAAUUCAGCUUUUGGAAAUUCACCUUUUGGUGUCAAUUAUUCGUAUCAACAAUCGGAACGGAAUGGCAUUCGAGUCAAUUCAAGAGUGCCCACUUUUGGUAAAUUAUGGCAACAUUCCCAUGAGUAUGCCACGAAUUAUUUGUGUUUUAAACUGGAUGUCCAUCCACAUUCUAACAUGUUCGGAAUGAAUCUCAUUGUGAUGGUAGAAGGAAAGCAAGAUCAUAGACCUCCUCCCAAUCAUACCAAUUAUAUUGUAUUUAAUAAUCAACAAUUGAGAAUUGAGAAGAGAUCUUACCCAAAUGAUUGCUCACCUUCAUCUCCCUCCUCACGAUACCUUUUAAUGGAACAUUGUAUCAUUCCGUAUGAUUUGAUUCAAUCGUUUGAAGUAGAUGUCAAUGGCGCACGUAUUAAUGGACAAUCAAGCUCGACUGUGGUUUGUGUCUUGUCGAAUGGUACUCGUAUGCCAUUAAAUAAGGAAGAAUUUGAAACAGUGAACAUGUCUACGGAGAAGGCACACUUGUUGAUUCAGGCUUUAAAGUAUUGCUAUGAAGUAGUUGUGCAACAACAACAGCAACAACCACAGCAACAACAACAACCACAAGAACAACCGAAUGGGCACACCAUGACCAAUUCGAAUCCGCAAUUGUGA